AUUUUGGUUUGGUAUUUUGGUGCUCCUUUUGUCUUUGGUUUGGUAUUUGGGAGUUUUGCUCCGGGAACCUACAAAAUUGAAGAACGACAUUUGGUCGAUUAUUUGUGAAUUACGAAUAAACUUGGUACCUGAUUUGGAUUUUUGGUUCUCUUGCCUACUUGGGUUCGUAAUUUGCAAGUAGAUCGAUAGUCCGUACUUCAAUAACUAGAACGAGCAAAACUUGGACAUAACAUAAAGUUCUUCAAUUAUUGGUUCUGUGUUCAUACCUUGGGUUUUCUGGAUAUUUUGGGUCCGAAUUCCUGGUCUUAUUGGUCGAUUUCGUUUGGAUUAAUUCAGAUUUGUUUUGGCAAUUGAUUAUUUGGAACAACAAAUACGAUGGAAACACGGAGUAAAAGGCUGAAGGAAAAUGACGAAAUGGAUGGUAACAUUUCUAAAGCUGUUUGUGGUAUGUCUGAUGUUAUUGAUGAUAAAUGUGAUGAUGUUAGUCUUAAUAGUAUGUCCUCUAGCCAGCUAAGUACUUCCAGAUUAAAGUUAGAUAAGGCAUUACUGAGGAAAAGGAAUUUAGAGAAGAGACUUGAGUUAGAACGGCAACUUAAGAUGUUAAAUCUACAAGAAGAGGUUGAUAUCGCUGAACUAGAAUGCAAGGCCAUCGAGGACGAUGGACGAUUACCCGUAGAUAAAUGUGCGACAAAUGCUAAAGUGGAAAAUUAUUUGAAUCAUGAUACUGGUGUAAUAAUCACUCUGGGAAGGUCUGUAACAUCUCAAAUGUCGAUUGGGUUGAGGAACUGAAGGACACGUUACAUACAAUGGUUAGUAACAUGUCUUUACCUAAGAUCGAUAUGAUGUACUUUGAUGGGCAACCAGGUCAGUAUUACCGUUUCAUUAGUCAGUUUAAUAGCCUUAUAGAGAGUAAAUUGUCAGAUAAGGGCCAAUUGUUGUCGUAUUUGUUAUACUAUUGUAAGGGAAAGGCCAGGACAGCUAUUGAAGCUUGCAUUUCAUUGCCCAUUCAUCUGGGUUAUGAUAGAGCUAAACAGAUUUUGUAUGAUUUAUUUGGUAAAGAACAUCUUGUUGCACGAGAACUAAUUAUUGAGUUAUUAAACCAUAAAUCGGUCGGAGGAUCAGCUGACUUAUUAACUGACUUUGCGAUUAAAUUGCGUAAUGUAUGUAUAACGUUGAUGGAAAUGGGAUACAUGUCUGACGUUAAUUCUACGGCUAAUUUGGAGGUAAUAGUUUCAUGUCUACCACUAGAAUUGCAGAAUAAGUGGGUGGAAGUCGCCGAUAAAAUCAUGAUGCAUGGGAAGGAGCCGAGCUUCGAAGAAUUUGUGAUCUUUGUAGAAGAAAGAGCCAGGAUUUCUCGAACACGUUUCGGUAGAUUGGCACAUUGUAACUCAAAGUUCAGUAAAGGUAAUUAUGAAGGCAAAGUUGAUAAAAGAUCGCGUUUUAAUGUAGUUAAGCUGGAACCAAGCAACUCAUUCACCGCUCUCAGUUGCGGAAUCUGCUUUGCUGAUCACAAAGAGACAGAUUGUACGAAGUUAUUGAAAAUGAAUGUUACCGAAAGAAGACACGAAGUGAGAAGACGUGGUCUAUGUUACCUGUGUUUAAGGAAGGGUCACAUAGCGAAGUCAUGCGACUCGGAUAUCAAGUGUGACGUUGGUAAUUGCAAGGCUCUGCAUAAUUCAUUGCUACAUAUUGAUAGUAUUAAUAACCGUGUAGUGAACUUAGUAAAGGACUGGAACUCGUCGAAGGUUUGUUUGGGUUUUAUUCCGGUCAGGCUGUAUGGUCCAAAUGGAACUUUAGAAACUUACGCCCUUCUUGAUAGUGGAUCGGAUACUUCUCUUGUAUGUGAAGAGAUAAUUAAUCAUUUGGGUCUCAAGGGUAAGGAGACUUCGAUAAAGGUGACUACCGUGAAUGGAACCACUACUUGUGAAUGUCAGGAAGUAAAUUUAGAGAUAUUUUCAUUAGAUGAACGGGGUUACGUGAAGAUCAACAAGGCUUAUACGACCAAGAAGCUUCCGAUCGAUUAUGUUGAACCUUUAACCGAGGAACAGCUGGGUUCGUGGGAGCAUUUGAAAGACAUAGCCCUUCCGACGUUGCAAAGUAAUCUAGUGGGAGUGUUGAUUGGGUGUGACACUCCAAACGCACAUUGGGUUCUGGAACAACGUCUGGGAGACCGGGAACAUCCAUUUGGUAUGCGUACGCCCCUCGGUUGGAUGGUUUUAGGUCCCAGGGAGUCUUAUAGGUCCGUAAAUACAGUACAGCGUUGUCAUUCGCAUGGGGUUUCACCGGAUCUAGAAGGACUAUAUAGUCAUGAGUUCGAGGAGGGAGAACAUAUUGGUAAACAUGGUUCACUUGAAUCAAAGGUCUAUGUAACAGGGGAACUAAAUGAAGAAAUGUGUUUGGAAGAUUCACUUAAUAGACGGCAAUACAAUGUUAGUGUUGAUGGGUCUCGUAAUGAAUCCUAUGGAAAGGUGGUAGACACUUCAUCUGCAUUUACGAAGGAUCUGAUGUCUCUAUUGAAUUUACGUGACAACACUCUAUGUGGUGACAGGUAUUCUAAGAGAUGGAAGCAAGCGAAUUACUUGGCACAAGUAUUUUGGAGGCGUUGGUCCAAAGAGUAUGUUUCUCUGUCGCAGCGUAUAAAUAAGUUGCCCUUAGGUCUAGUACAAAGAGUGAUAUCAAGUAAGGAUAGAUUAAUGAGACAGGUAGAACUGAGGACAAAAAAGGGUCUUCUAUUGAGAGAUAUUCGAAAACUGUGUCUUCUUGAAUCUGUAGAUGGUAGGUAGCUACUCGGGUCCCUAGGCGUACUGGUGUAAGUCCUAGGGAUCACGAGAUUGUUGGUAUAUUGAAUGCUUGUUGUUGAUUGCUUGUGAUGUAUAUACUUGGAUUCCUGCUACCUAUUUACUUGUUUGUGAAAAGAACCAAGGUUCUUUUGGUCGGGAGUGUUACGGGAGAACUGAAGACCUUUGACGGAUUAAAACCUUUUAUUGUACAUUAAUAAUUUACUGUGCUUUUGGAUGUAAUUGUUUUACUUAACUUUUGAACUUGUUUGUUUAUAUCAUUAUUUCGGACAUUUUGGUUUGGUAUUUUGGUGCUCCUUUUGUCUUUGGUUUGGUAUUUGGGAGUUUUGCUCCGGGAACCUACAAAAUUGAAGGUUUGUUUUGUAAUUGUUAUAAUUAUUGUUAGUAGAACGACAUUUGGUCGAUUAUUUGUGAAUUACGAAUAAACUUGGUACCU